CUAAACGUCAUUAGCAGCGCCCUUAUGUUCUUCCGUGGAAGGCUAGGACUACGCGAGGAAGAAGCUAUAGAGGCGAAGAUGCUACUUAACUACGGAGCAAGCCACUCCUUUAUGUCUCAUAAUGGCAGAGUACGGUGGCACGAACUAGACUCUAGGAGGAAUCGUUUAGUAGUGGAACUGCCAAACGGGGAGAAGAUACGCACUAGGCGCUACUAUAGAGUACCCGAGCUAGACCUAAAGGAAUACGAUAUUAUCCUGGGGUACGACUUCCUAAGGAAGUUUAACCCUACCCUAGAUUGGCCAUUCGUGACGCGCGCGUACGGACGAUGGGGAGACCGCUACACGAAGACCCCUCGUGGUAGCUUAACACGAUCUCCCAGAAACAAACCGUACGGGCAUUGA